AUGCUCGGCAGUCUGCUCGUCCUCAUGCUCGCUACACUGUGCACGUGCAACGAACACGAACACCGUACCCACAUGUGCUCAACGGAAGGCAACAUCUGCUCCGAGAACGCUGCUACCGUAUGCCGGAACAACACGUAAGUCUCUUUUGGCCCAUAAACGCCCUUUUUACGAGUUCCCCUUAUUUGCUCGUUUGUCGCCGAGCCAAAAAAGUGGGGAAGGGGGAAGAAAAGUGCAAAGUUGUCUCAAUUUUUGACUAAAUUGAUGCACUUUUCAUUCCAAUGCAAUUGCAACUUCAAUGAAUACAUGAAAGUGCGAGUUGAUUGAUAACGUGUGUAUAAGUCGGUCACACUGCUCUAUAGCUUGACUCAACAUGUACACGAAUUGGUGGGAAAGUAAAAGUGAGAAUCGAGUGCAUGCCACUCCACUCGCACGUAAAAUCAAAACCGUGACCAAAAAUGGACUCUGAGGGACUCAAGGACAAUUGGUUUGAAAAAGUCGAGGAAAUUUUAGUAUUAGUUUACGAAUGCGAAUUUGGCUAAUCUUUUUCGCCAUUCCUCUUCCGCACUUCUCCACUUAGUCAGCGCCCAAACAUUCUCUGUCUCUAAACAAAAAAGGCUUUGGCUCUCGCCGAAAAACUGCUGUUUUUUUUCUUUUCAGGGGUAAGAUGCGAGUUCCAGGAAAAUGAACAAUGUUCCGAGUUGUCAGUGCCCUUUCUCUUGUUUUUUUUUACUUUUUCUGGUUGAAAGUGAAAAAGGGAUGAGUGAUUGAGAUAGAUACUAGCACUUGUCAUGUCAAACUCGUCAUCGGCAUCAACUUGGCCCUGGGGCCUCUUCUAUUUGAUCUUGUACUCUUACAUAAUCGUCUGUGCACUGCGCACCAUUCAUCGGCGUCGCCAUUGUCCGGUGGAGCGAUUCCAUUCUUUGGGGUCCGACGCCUCACCGCGAAAAGAAAAGCGAAAACGUUGCCAACACUUUAGAAGAGGGUAGUGAAGUGCAAUUGGCGCCUACUUUUUCUUUUCCUUCCCACAGCUUCCGCCGCAAUUAGCUUCAACGGGGAUUUUUGAGAGCACCCUUCGCUUUUCUUCUCUUUUCUUUCCUGCUUUGUCCCACCGAGAAGAAGAGAAAGGAGACGAGAAAACACCUAGGAAUGGAGAUGUUGUCCCAUCGCUUCGCAUCGUCCCGGUUGUCAGUUGCCAGUAUUCGGGCGUCGGUUUGACACACAAAGUUAAUGUGCAAAACGAAACGAAAUGGCGAAAGCGAGGAGGAAUUUUACGCAUGAAUAAAACUAGGAAGGAAGCACAUGCGAGCAGUUAGGAAGCAUGUCAUGAAACAUUGAUCACUUCUGAGGCACAUACACGAACGCUUUUCCAGCCGUUUGCGUUCCCAUCGUUUACGAUGAAUCGUGAAUCGUAUAGACAAAGAAAGAAACCCAUCAUUUUGACUCGACUCUUUCCGUCUUUUUCUUUCUCUCUUUCUGUGCAGUCCGCCGCUCUCCCAAGGGCAUAUCAAAACGCGCGGUCCGGUCCCGAAGCCGAUCAUGAAUGAUAAUUCUUCGUCCUCUUUCCUUUUCUUUUCAACUCGGUGCCCAUUUGGGAGGGGGAGAAGAACCAACGAGGAGCGCGCACACUCUCAGUCACUCACCCACUAACCUCAUAUAUACGCUCACUUACUGAGGGGCCUCAAGGCGGUUUUCUCUUGGGACCGCUUUAAAAAUUGGGAUCUUCUGAUUUCGCAACUUCAUACGGUUGGGAUGAUGAGCUGCUUCUAGAACAAACAGAGAGUCCACGAUGUCAAGAAGCGUCUCCUUUCCGAAAUUCGGUAUCAAAUUACUCCUCCCCCUUCCCGACAUCAUCAUUUUUGUCCGCAUCCCGUGCCCGGGUAUCCGCAUGGCUAGCAACAGGUGUUAUUGAUACUACAAGGACGAUAUUUUGUGGGUGGAGAGCCGGCUGGCACGAUCGAGGUGACACAUGACGUCCAGGAGAAGUAGGAGAGGGGGGAUAUAUAACUUCAAUUAAUCUUUGACGAGAAAAAGUGUUGUUGGACAAGACGAGGGUCCGGUGUGUAUGUGUUCCAGAUGCAAAAUUGAUGUGUUCUCGUCAAAAACUCGAGUGGGAAUGGGGAAUCGAAACUUUGGCUGGUUCCAUGUUAUUCGCAGACUACCAUAACCCACUUUUAAGCAGCAAAAACCUCAUCGGUAUUCAGACUCGAGUGAAUGACUUUCGCUUUACAUAGCAGUCAUCUCGAAAACUUCAUAUCGCAUUCCGUAUAUGUCAUCAUAUUUUCAGCGGGGCCCAUUCAGUGACUCUCUUUAAUUGGCAGUCACCUCCCAUCCAUUAAUCGUAUUUUAAACUGAAUGAAUUGCGCUCUCUCCCUCUUCUCCUUUCCUUUCUGCUUUUAUUUUUGACUUUUCCUCCAUUCAUCACAAGAAAAAUGAGGAUUGGCACAAGCAGAAGCAGAGAAGGGAGUGGCUUUGAGGGGAAGGAAGAGGCAAAAAGUUAUAGUAAGGGGGUCGACGGCCCCGAAAUUAGUUUUGCUUUUCUUUUUCCCGUCUCGUGAAGACUUCAGCUGUAGGUAACAGUGGAAAUAGCUGAACAAACACCUGCCCAGAAUGAAAAAAUACGGAAAACUUCUAAUCUAAUUAGUAAUAAAAGUCGUGUACACAAAAAACAACUACAGUAACCCAUGGUCUCGCCAAAGAAGGGACUCUUAAUAGGGGCUCUCUUCGCAUCAAUCUUCUUAAUGAGAAGUUUUCUAAUGAAAGGCCAACGUAAUGGAAUUGGCCGUGGGUCCCUCUCACAUCCCAUUCGAUGUGCUUUCUAUUUCCACAUUAUAAAAGAAGACCGAUGACUUAUCCUCGUCCAUUACACCACCCACUUGUGCGGAGCAAUGCCUUUUCCUUUUUUCUUUUCACAAAAGAAGAUGCGGAAGAAUGGACUAUACAUAUAUGCAAAUAUUGGGAUCUCAAAACGUGAAAAUCAUCCUAAAUGUAUUUCAGGUGUGUCUCGGCGUGUUCACUACGUGGAAUGCAGGAAUGUGAAUGCGACGCUGAGGAGGAUAACUAUUGCUAUCUGUGUUGUGGCAGUUCGGAGCAUCAAUGCAUGGCGGCCCACCAUCACAACAUUCUACGGUUCGUUACGUGCCUUUCCCACGGGUAUCACUACUCUUUGAGGCUUCAUUAUUUGUUCAACUUUGUUAUUUAUAAAAGCCCGGGAACAUAAGGCACCAUCAGCUCGGGGGGUAUUCCAAAUUUUUAGACCAAACGGCGAGCGGUGGGAACGAGAAGCGUGCUCAAGGUGUCGAAUGCAUGGCGCCGAGUUGGAAGGUCUUCCGUGUGAUGACACUGAUUCCGCGAGAUUGUGUAUAAGUGAGUUUUGAUCAUUGACUUUUUUACGCAUCAAAAACAUUUUCUCAGGCGGACGUUGUUCAAACUCCGUUUGUCACACCAAAUUGCCCGGAUCAGUGUGUGAUCGAAAGUACGUUAUACAUUUUCCGCCCCCGGCAUUAGAAACUGAUCUGCUACUUUCAGAAUGGAGAAGCUGUGCGUGGAUAACACUUGUGAGAACCCUUGUGCACGGUAUGCGCCACAUUUGAUGGUAUGCGACUGCUCGUCAAUAGACCAAGACACCGGAUUCGCUUCUGAGGAUCGGUGUCAGUUAUGCUGUUAUGACUUUAACCUGGUGAGCUUGAAAACCGGACAAGAUUAGCAAGACCUGGGCAGUUUCAGAAGCCAACAAAUCGGCGAUGUCAGAACGCGUACCGCAAAUACAAAAUCAUGGACAUAUUCCAAAAGCCAAUUUGGCGAGUAGGAUUGGAGUGCGCCGGCGGCAAGGUGUGCAACAAGUACGGUGUCUGCUCAUCUUCUCAUAUCUCCUACGCCAUACCGUUGUUUCUUGUAAUCCUCUUUUCCCUGUGCUAG